UUAAUCCUAUGGAAUAAUUUAGACCAUGAAUGCGCCAGAGCUUUAUAAGCGGCUGCCUCCAGUCAGCUCAUCUCAGUCUGAAGCGUCUGGAAACAGCAGAACCUAUUACUACUAGUCUAGCUACAAUAGUUCCACAAUUCUAUCAUUUUUUCUAUAUUUUUUAAAUCAAAUGAUGGCGUCUAAGAUGAAGGAUCGCAAGAAAACUCCUGUUUCUCACAAGGUCAUUGAGAAAAGAAGAAGAGACCGAAUCAACAGAUGUCUAAACGAGCUGGGAAAGACUGUUCCUAUGGCACUGGCUAAACAGAAUUCUGGGAAACUCGAGAAAGCAGAAAUCCUGGAAAUGACUGUGCAGUAUCUGCGCGCGCUCCACUCCGCAGACUUUCCGCGCGGGAGAGAAAAAGGAGAACUGCUGACAGAGUUUGCGAACUACUUUCACUACGGCUAUCACGAGUGCAUGAAGAACCUCGUUCACUAUCUGACCACCGUGGAGCGAAUGGAGACCAAAGACACCAAGUACGCACGGAUCCUCGCCUUCCUGCAGUCCAAAGUGGUUACCGAGCCCGUGUUCGGCUCGUUAGGUACAAUCUCUCCAGACCCUACGGACCUUCUGUGCCAGCUGGAGUACCAGAGUCCGAGUCCAACCGAGUCGGUGUUUCAGCAGAGCCCUCCCGGACACUUUUCCUGGCACAGCUCGGCGCGGAGCCCCACGCUCGCGUACCCAGCGAUGUCUCAGCACAGCGGAUACUUGUCACCGGUUCAGGGACUCGAUCACCAUUACAUGAACUUCAUCGGGCACUCACACCCACACAACGCCUUCAGCUUACACAAUGCACAACACGCUGCUCUGUAAAUACGUCUGCGGAUGUCCUUAAUUUAUAUAUGUGUACAUGUUUUAUUUUAAUACGUAGAUGGAUCAUGAAAUAAAUGAUGUUUGAAUAA